GCGGGGAGUUGUAGUUUGACAACAGCUGGAGAGCAUUCACCUAUAACUAUGUCCCUUGACUCGUCAUCACUUUCCCAGAUUACGGUCCAUUGGAAGAAGAUGCAAAACAAUAAAAAACAUUGGGUUGAAGAGCUCUUCUCUCCACAUUUCAGCGCCGAAGAUUUUUUACAUGGAAGUUUUGAACCAGAAUUGCUGAUAUCAGAAAAACAGGCCAAAGAGAGAGCAAGAAAUGUAGCAGAAAUCUACAAGACUGCAGUGCAUGACUUUCAGGAAAAGGAAAAAAAGAAGAAAAGAGAGCUCUUGUCUAAAAUGAUCGUCCAAGACUCUGUGCAGGACAAGGCUGUUCCAGCACAAGAUGCCACCUGUGAGUCCUAUCAAAAAGAGGAGAAUGGUUCAGCUACAACCAGCGAAAGCAACGGUCAUUGUAUAUGGAAUGAGAAAGAUUUAAAUCUCUUAAGAUCCGAAAUGAAUAAAAAACAUUCUGAGGGAGCUCAUUUGAACCUUCAGCUUAGGGCCUGCAAGCUUGAGAUAUCUGAAUUGAAGGCCAAACAAAAGAAGACUGAAAGGGAGCUGGAGGCUCUGAAAAUAGCAUUGGCAGCAUCAAAAAGAGUGAAUGAAUAUAAAAAUGUCCUGAUUAAUCAACUGAAGAAAGAGGGAGAGAAGAAGGAGGCAGAUCUGCAGGCACUGAGGAAAGACAGGCAUAAAAAAUGUAUGAUGGUGCAGGACCUUACAACAAGUUUAAGUAAAGCCACAGAGGAGAUAAACCAUCUACAGCUCCAAAAUACAGACUUGCAGCAGGAGCUAAAUAAUUUACAGCAACAACAGGAACUGAAAAUCAUCUUUGCUUCAGAAAAGACAAAACUUAAGUAUGAGUCACAAAUAAAGAAGCUGUGUCGGGAAACAGAGACUCUGAAAGAAGAGAUGCAGUUGGAAAGACAUCAGCAUGGUCAAGAUGUUGCUGAAUUGGACUUAUUAAGGAGACUGUACAUCUAUGGGAAGUGAUUUGUUUUGUAUGUGUGUUUUAUAUAUAAAAUGUAACCAAACUAAAAAUAUAUUGCUAGUCAAUUUUAGUUUAGGGUACUUUUAACACU